AUGGAGGCUUGUGGUUGUGCGAGCAGUCAUGAGCCCGGGUUCACCUGGACCCUGGAGCGGCUGGAGGAGGAGAGUGCCCGGGAGGAGAACAGCUGGUGGCACGAGCACGUGGUCGCGGGGCUGCAGGGCCGCACCUUCGCGGAGACGGGGGACUCGGACCUCGUGUUUGGCAAGAUGCGGAGCGCUCACGAGGCGGUGCUCUCGCAGCUGUCACCCGACACCAUGCGGGACGCGCUGCAGCGGCUGCUGCCCCAGCCCCCCACACAGCGCUUCACCGUCGUCACGAUGACCCCCAAGCCGCCCGGGCCCCUGCUGGCGGCGGCCUUGCGGCUGCGGGCGACGUGGGGGGCCGUGGCGGACGCGCUGGGCGGGGACGGGCGCGCGGCGGCGGCGGUGGCGGGCCUGGCGGCGGCGACCACCGUGCGUGCUCGCAGCUUCAGCAUGGACGGCGACAGCAACACCUACAAAGACAGCCGUCACAGCAGCGUCGCUGUCUCCGAUGCGGCCGCCGCCGCCGCUGCUUCUGCGGCUGCGGGGGCGCUAGACCUGACAGCGCUGCUGAAAGUGCUGCCCCACCUGGCCCCUGCAGCUGCAGCCGCCGCCGUCACAGGCCAUGCGCCCGCGCUGACAAUGCAGACGUCGCCCACCGCCGCCCCCUCGACGCUCGCCAUGCAAGAGCUGUCAGCGCUGGCGCUGGCCCCAUGCCCCGUGCCGGCGCUCUCGCGCGGCAGCAGCACCGGCUCGGGCAUGAGCGGCGCCGGUGGCACCGCAAGCGGCGGCGCGAAUGUGGCCAGUAGCCAGCCGGUCAGCAAGGUUCCGGCCUCCGGCUUGGCGUUGGGGCUCUCAGCGCCCGCGCAAGAGCAGCUCCACCUUCCGGCAACCUCACAGCAAACCAGGUCGCACCCACAGCCACAGCCGCAGCCGCAGCCACAGCCAGAGCCCCAGCAGCAGCAGCAGCAGCAGCUGCAGCAACAACAGCAGCAGCAGCAGCAGCAGCAGCAGCAGCAGCAGCAGCAGCAGCAGCAGCAGCGGCACCACGCGGACAAUUACCGGUAUCAGCAGCACCUGCUGCUGCAGCAGCAGGUGAUGCAACUGAGCGAGCUGCUGCGCGCCCAGGGCGUGCACCUGCCGCUUGACCAGGUGGUCAAGUUGCACACAAGGCUGCUUCAGCAGGAGGUUGAGAAGGCGCAGGCACGGGUCCACCUGCAGGCACAGCACAUGCAGGUGGUGCAGCAGCAGCGGCAGCAACAGUAUGCGCGGGAGCUGGCCAAGCAGCAGCAGCAGCAGCAGCAGCAGCAGCAGCAGCAGCAGCAGCAGAUGAAUGUGCACUCGCAGCUGCAGCUGCAGGGGUGCCAGCAGCACCGUGUGUGCCAGCAAAGGCUGCUGUCCUCCGCAACCCAGGAGGCAGCGCAUCAACUGGCCCCACUCGUGACAGGCCCCGUUCCCCCAGCGCCCUUGAUGACGUGUGGCAUGCCGGCCGCAGGCAUGGUCGGCGGGCAGCUGCCCUUUCCUCAGAUGAUGGUGCCUGCGGGCAUGUUCACGCUUCCGGGUGCCGGGGCAGCGCCCUUCAUGCACUGUGGCGUCAGCGGUGGCUUUCUGGCGGCCAGCCCGGCGAUACUGCCGGCGUCGUCUGGGCUGGUGGGGGUGCGGCCUCAGAUGGUCACGGCGGCGGGGGUGGGCAUGCCGAUGCCCAACGCUGGGCUGGCAGUACCGCAGCAGCCGGCGAGCCGAUGA